AUGAAGAAGAGCAAAGUGGGUAGGUCCACUAAGGAAGGUGAAAAUGCACCUUCCUUUGCCAAAUCGAGAGCUUCUCCAUCAGAUGUGCCUCAAGAAUCUACCUUGAUAAAGGCUUCAGAGUCCUGUACGGAAAAAAAUGUAUCCAUGGAUACAAGGCUUUCUGAUAUGGAUUCAAACCUUGGGGGAUGGGAAGAUGAUCUAGCAACCUGGUCUCCGUCGGUCUGGAUUACACAGACUCAAGUCUCAGAGACCCGGAUGGAGAAGGCUCAGGCCUGGGAGACUCUUGCUUUGGAGGCUCAGGCAAGAAUUGCCUUACAACCCAAGCCCAGUGUCACAGAAUUAUCAACAGUGACACCCCUGAAACAAGAAUCAUUACAGUUGGUGAAAAGGAUGAGUCAGAAAAGCAGUGAAGGCUUCCCUCCCCGGCUACUCUGGUCCAGCAAGGUUGAGUACCUCCUGGCCCUCAUGGGCUACAUGGUGAUGCCAUCUGGAAUCUUGCGCUUUGUCACAUGCUGGGUUCACAAAGGAAGCUGUAACUUCUUUAUAGCGUACAUUUUAAUGCUGUUGGGCAUCGGGAUUCCUCUCCUCUUCCUGGAGAUGGCAGUUGGUCAGAGGGCACAGCAGGGCAGCAUGGACCUAUGGAAGAACCUGAGCCCCUGGUUUGGUGGAGUGGGAUACAGCAUGGUUAUGGUGUGCUUCAUCAGUAACACCUACCUGAAUGUGUUCAAUUCCUGGAUCCUCUUCUACAUGAGCCACAUAUUCUACUUUGUUGCCCCAUGGGAGAAGUGUCCCUUACAAAAGAAUUCCAGUGACUUUGAUCCUGAGUGUGAACAGGCAACAUCCUACACGUACUUUUGGUACCGGCAGACCUUGAAAGCCUCAGACAGAUUCGAGGAUGGAGGGCAACCGUCCUUCAGCCUGGGCAUGUUUCUCUUUCUGUCCUGGUGUCUCAUUUGUGCUUUCAUGGUCAGUGGGAUCAAGUCCAUUGGGAAGAUCCUAUGUGUCUUGAUGGUGGUUCCCUAUUUCAUCAUGAUCUGCUUCCUAAUCCGGACUCUGUCAAUGAGCGACACAGAGUAUGGGCUUAAAUACCUGCUGGUCCUCAAGGUGGCAAGCAUCUUUGACUUAACUAUGUGGUGCCAUGCAGGGAUCCAGGUGUUGUUUGAUAUCGGCCUGGGCUUUGGGCCCAUUGUCUCCUUCUCCUCACACAUGCAUGACUUCAACAACUGUCUGGCCGACGCCAUCCUUUUGGCUCUGUUCAAGAUACUCACUUUGUUGCUCAGCACACCCGUCCUCCUCUCCAUCCUGGGCUUCUGGGCCACUAUAACCACACAUCACUGCUGUAAGAGGAACACAAAGAAACUUAUAACGCUGAUAGCCCAGGGGAUCCUGCCUCCUGAGGUAGAGCCCCCGGACCUGCAGAACAACCCAACCACCGUCUACAACUCCUGGCUCAACAGCCUCCCUCCACCCUUGAGGAGCGCCGUCCUCAACAUAGUGCCUGAAUGCAACAUCCAGAAGCAGUUUCUGAAGAUUGAGGAUACCCCUCGCUUCCUGUUCCUGAUCUUCACUGAGGUCAUCUCACUAUUACCUGGGUCUGCCUUCUGGAAUGUCCUCUUGUUCCUGUUGCUGCUGGGCCUGGGGUUGUGUAGCAAUCUCAUGUUCAUGCUGGGCAACAUUUUGGCACUGCAGGACACCUUCCCCUUCUGCAGAAGACAGCCGAGGAUGCUCACAGUGUGUCUUUCCAUGGCGAUGUUCCUGUGCGGCCUCAUCUUCAUCCAACCUUCAGGCAUCUACUACUUUUCACUGCUGACUGAUUACUGGGUAGCAGGGCCCAUCAUGGUCAUCAUCAUAUGUGAAACCCUUGCUGUAGCCUGGGCCUAUGGGGCCAAGAGGUUCCUUGAAGACAUGAUGGUUCUGCUAGGCCGCCCCAUUUUCCCUGGCUGUGACUGGCUAUGGCGCUUUGUGUGUCCAGUGGUGCUGCUAGCCCUGUUAAUGUCCAUCUUUGCAUACCUUGUCCAGGGACCCCUUGUCUACAUGGCCUGGGACUCAAGCACUUCAAAAGAGGUGGCUCGUCUUUUCCCAGAGUGGUCCUUGAUCCUGAUUGCCGGGCUGUCUGUCUUUGUCCUCUUGCCCAUCCCUGCAUACUUUGCAUACUGCCUCACCCUGGGGAUUCCCUUCAGAGCUACACCAUCCCAUAACCUGCUGACUACAAAAGAGGCCUCAGAGGACAUUCUACAAGGCUACAAAACAGAGUCCUAAUGAACCUGUCAGCAGAGUCCCCAACUUUUCUCAUCAGGCCAGACAUCUUGCAUCUUUUACAACAGACCAAAGAGGCAGCUCUGAACAGCAGCUUAAAGCCAUCACCAGCCUGGAUGCCCAGGGCUGAGGAGCUGUGAGGCCUGCUGGCUUUGCAGCACAUUCCUGGCUGAGCUCUUCCAUUGCCAUACAGUG